GUUGUCGCCUUAAGAAAAUCCGGUUGGGUAACGCUGAAAUGGUGCGUACGUGACACAGAAGAUGAUCUCGACCAAUGGUUUGUUCGAGGACCAAGUAACGGAUUUCCUUCAAGAGAGGAAGCGGUAAGGAUGAAGUAUUAGGAAAGCGGAACCAUCGACUAUAGCUGCUGUUGUUUCAUCCUUCGACGGAGCAGAUAAGAGACUCAAAGAUGGAGAAAAGCUCUGACGUCAAACCGGGUGGCGAGGACUCAAAGGCACGCUUCCAGACUUACCUGAUUGGAGGAACGUCCAGCUUGCUGUCCACCCUACCAACCAUUGUCGUCUUCCCUAUCUAUAAGACCAUUUUCCGCCAACAGAUCCACAACAGCCUGGUCCAGGAGGCGGUGGGACAACUCCGAAAGGAAGGGUUGGUUAAGCUUUACAGGGGCGUGGCUCCCCCGCUGGUGAUGAGGACACUGAACGGCACGCUGCUGUUUGGCUUCCAGGACACGCUCCUUUGUCAGCUCUCACUGCGAUUCCAAGAUGUCAUCCCUGCCGCAGCCCUGCCUGCUCUGGCUGGGUUUGGAGCAGGCAUGGUAGAAGCGGUGGUCUUCACCCCCUUCGAACGUGUUCAAAAUAUUUUACAGAACAGCCUGAAUGAUCGCCAACUGCCUACCUUGAGCAGUGUGCUCUCUCAGUUGAGAGCGCAGAGGCCGGCCUUAGGCUACUACAGAGCCUUCCUGCCAAUCACAGCCCGCAACGCCUUGGGCAGCUCCCUGUAUUUUGGCCUGAAGGGGCCCACGCGUGCCUUUGUGGCCGAGCAGGGGCUCCCUCCUCUCGCCUCCUCCUUCGUCUCUGGAACGCUGACCUCGAUGGCGAUCAGUUUGGCUCUGUACCCACUGUCAGUGCUGGUGGCGAACAUGCAGGCGCAGGUUGGGGGCGAGCCAAAAGGGGUCGCGGCCUGUUGGAGGGCGCUGUGGAGAGCUCGCCAACAAAACGUGGCUCUUUUGUACAGAGGGGGAUCCCUCGUUAUUCUCAGAUCUUGCAUCACAUGGGGAAUCACCACAGCUGUUUAUGACCUGCAGGUCAAAAAAUGAGGCGCCAUAUAUUUAAAAUGCUGCCAUUCUAUUCAAAAAGAAAAAAGUCAAAAUAUAUUUAAGAAUUAACUUUCGGGGUUUUAUAUUUAAGUCCCCAUAUCAAAUAACCCCACUUUUGACAGGAAUUACUUCAAAUAGGAAUUGUACUUUUGCAAUGUGUAUGUAAAUCCCAUUUAGCUGCCUUGACAAUCAGAUCGGUUUACUAUAAAAAUGAACUCUUCUUAAUACUUGUGUUAGAAGUCUUAAUGUAAAAAUGUACAUUUUAAUAUUCUGUCAUACUUGGUCACCAAAUGUUUACAUGUAGCUGUUAUUGUUUUAACAGCAAUAAGUUGGCUUUGGACAAAGUGGACAUGCCUUCACCGGAGCACUGUGGCACCGCAAAAGCUUUUUAGUAGCUUCUGUAGGAGAACACUGCCAGAACUUUUGAAAAAAAAAAAA